AUGGUUAUGAAAAGGUUAGGAAAAGCAGAAAAAGCCAAGUAUCAUGUUUAUCGGAGCGAUGUAUUGCUCACCAGUGGACAGAUUCUUUGCAAAGAGAAAAGAGAAUCAUUAACCAUAGAACAGCAUAUAAAUAUAGGAUCCCGAGGAGAUGGCUCCGGGCAUACCCUACAACCCUUCCAGGCUGGAUCCAAGACGUUGUUUUUAGAGACAGGAGCUCCUCUUAUCCUUCAUUCUGAACCUCAUCUUCAAGCUCAUGUACAGACCUAUGUACAUGAUGGUAAUCAUGGGCUGGAGUACAACAGUGUACAUACGCCAACCAUUCAUAUUGAUCCUAUAAUUCAUAAUUCAGUUUAUGAUCCUCCUCCCUCACCCCCUCCUGUUUAUAGCCCUCCACCACCCUCUCCAUACACUCCCCUUCCACCCCCUGCUUACAAUCCACCUGCACCCCCUGCAUACAGUCCUCCUGCUCCCCCUACUUACCACCCUUCACCUCCCUCCUACACCCCUGCUCCUUCUACAUACACCCCUCCUCCUGUAUACCACCCCUCCCCUAGUCACUCCCCCUUUUCUCCCCAGCCACACCUGAUUGAUUAUCAUCAACAUCUUGACAAUCAUCUUGGACCUCUCUCCCAUUCUCUUCAUGAUCAUCAAACAACUCGUCAUGAUCAUCUACCAGUACAUGAAAAACACCAUGAUGAUCAUUACAGUGUACCUGAGUGUGCGUACAGCCAUCAGUACAAAAUAAACAAUACUUUCUGUUUAGAAGACGACUACUAUCCCAUUGACACGAUCAAGUAUGAGUUGACCCGCAACCUUCCCCUGCUGGACCGUGUACUAUCAGACGUAGCCUACCAGUCAGCUGAUAAUCUAGUUGAUGGACUAACAAAGGUUGAAGAAGAAGGAUACACAUACAAUCAUUAUUAUGGAGACUUUAAGGAACAGGAUAUACGUGAUUACCACUACUCUCCUGACUACUACCAGAGUGGAGGGUAUAUUUGCCCCUCUGAUAUAUUCUACGGUAGACCAAAACGAGCUCAAAAUACCUAUGGAGAAUGGAAGGUGAUUAUCAACCUUCCUGAAGAGUACUUAGCUAAGGGAUUUGGAUAUCAAUUCUCUCGGUACAGCCAGACCCAGAGGCUGGAGCAGUGUCUGUACCCUACUCUUCCCUGUUCAUAUAUACAUCCUGCUGUACACUCAGCAUGUAUUCAAAAGUACAGCUUUGUCAGGUUGUUGGCUUAUACUAGAGCUCUUGGUCUCCACGUUGACAGCUUUAAACUUCCAGUAGCUUGCAGCUGUCAUGUCAAAGAAAGUAUAUUUUAUGGCUGACAGCUUUAAACUUCCAGUAGCUUGCAGCUGUCAUGUCAAAGAAAGUAUAUUUUAUGGCUGACAGCCUUAAGCUUCCUAACUUGCGGCCGGCUGUUAUGUCAAAGAAAUUAUAUUUUUUUUUUGGCUGACACUUUGAGAGCUGAUAAUAGUUUCAUAUUUUUAAAAUAUCUUAUUAUAAAUUCAGAUUUUCUUCUUAAUUUGAGUAUUAUAAUCAAUGGCAUUUAUUAGUAUAUCAGGAUUGUAAUAUUUAUUUAUUUGUUUUAAUUAUUUCUCUAUUUAUUUCAUUAGUCGAAUUUAUGCACAUAAGUUAAUCAUUUACAAAUCAAUGGCAUUAAAUUGUAAAUUUGGCAUCGUAUUAUCUUAUAAAAUCCAACUAGUCGUCGUCUUCAUGUACUUGUAUCUUUGUCGAUAUAGUUUUUAUUAGAUUUAAGUUUCAACAUUUGUAUUUGGUUUAUAGAAAUAAGUUACAUUCGCCAUAAAGUAAACAUUUAAGGGAGUUUUUUGCGAAAAAAGUUAAAGGGAUAAGAUCCGAUAAACCAUUAUUUGAUUUCUCGUUUAUUUUUUAUUUAACUGACGAAAUAGAACCAUUCUUUGCAUAAAAGUAUGCUUCAAGGUUUAGAAAGAGGUCCACUUGGCCUGAAGUGUGACUUUAUGCUUGGAAAGAGGUUUUAAUUACAUAGUCCUUUAUUGUGUGAGAAGAGGUCCAUUACUCAAUGGCAAAAUAAAUUGUAAAGAAAGGGCCAGUAAAGUGUACUGUUUAGUGUGCAAAGAGGUCCAAUUUACCAUAUACUAUAAGGUGUAUGAGUAGGUCCAGUUUACCAUACACUAUAAGGUGUAUGAGUAGGUCCAGUUUACCAUAUACUAUAAGGUGUAUGAGUAGGUCCAGUUUACCAUAUACAAUAAGGUGUAUGAGUAGGUCCAGUUUACCAUAUACUAUAAGG